AUGGCUCAGCAGAACGGUGUCCCCGACUUCACGGUCAAGGCCGGUUUGGCCCAGAUGUUGAAGGGUGGUGUGAUCAUGGACGUUGUCAAUGCGGAGCAGGCCCGCAUUGCUGAAGAAGCCGGUGCCGCCGCGGUCAUGGCCCUCGAACGUGUCCCCGCCGAUAUCAGAAAAGAUGGUGGCGUGGCGCGCAUGUCCGACCCCGGCAUGAUCAAGGAGAUCAUGGAAGCUGUGACCAUCCCCGUCAUGGCCAAGGCCCGCAUUGGCCACUUCGUCGAGUGCCAGAUCCUCGAAGCCGUCGGCGUCGACUACAUCGACGAGUCCGAAGUCCUCACCCCGGCCGACGACGUCCACCACGUCACCAAGCACAACUACAAGGUCCCUUUCGUCUGCGGCUGCCGCAACCUCGGCGAGGCCCUGCGCCGUAUCUCCGAGGGCGCCGCUAUGAUCCGCACCAAGGGCGAAGCUGGUACCGGAGACGUUGUUGAGGCCGUUAAGCACAUGCGCACCGUCAACUCGGACAUUGCGCGUGCACGCGCGAUCCUGCAGAGCUCGCCCAACGCCGAGCCCGAGCUGCGCCUGUACGCGCGUGAGCUGGGCUGCUCGUACGAGCUGCUCCGCGAGACUGCUGAGAAGGGCCGUCUUCCUGUUGUCAACUUUGCUGCUGGCGGUGUUGCCACUCCCGCAGAUGCGGCGCUGAUGAUGCAGAUGGGCUGCGACGGUGUGUUUGUUGGCUCUGGUAUCUUCAAGUCUGGUGACCCGAAGAAGCGCGCGAAGGCUAUUGUGCAGGCUGUUACGCAUUUCAAGGACCCGAAGGUUCUUGCGGAGGUCAGCCAGGGUCUGGGCGAGGCUAUUGUUGGUAUCAAUGUCUCGCACAUGGCUGAGGGUGACAAGUUGGCCAAGCGCGGGUGGUAG